AAAAUAAUAAAAAUAAUAACUGGAUAACAGAGUAAGAGGUUCAAAAAUCCGCAGUGAGUCAGUGAGGAAGAACCAGAAAGCUGAGAAAAUAGAAAAACAAAAGAUGUUUGCGCUCAAAUCCAUUAAAGCCUCCUUGAUUUCCAGAAAGCAUCAUACCCUUUUUCCCCCAUCUAAACUACCCAAUUCAAAGAAUUCCAUCCUCUGUCUCUGCAAGACCAACGACCCAAAUGAUUCCGACCCUGAGUCACCGUCACCGGAAGGGGACACUCGCCAGCAAGAGCUGCUUGCCACCAUCGCAAUGCUUCAAACUCAGAAGGUCCGUCUUACCGAAUAUUUAGAUGAAAGGGCUGCUUAUCUUACCCAAUAUGCUGAAGAAGCCAACUCCGAGUUCGACAAGGUUGGAGAAGAUGCUUUCAGAGAAAUUCAAGAAGCCGGUGACACGGUCUGUAUAGAUUGCAUGAGCUCUUAAUUCUCUAUGUAGUGUUUCAGAAAGAAAAGGGUAUCUGUCUUUGGUUUUUUCAUGAGUAAGUUGAUAACCCAGUUCUUGUUCCGUUGUUGUUUGGCAGAUAAUGGAAACCAUAGAGAGCAAAAUGCAAGCCUUCAGAGAAUCUCAAGAAUUGAACAGAGUGGAGAUCGAGAAGAAUGAAAACAAGUUAGAGUGGUUUGAAGAUCAAAUUGAGGAAGAUAGGAAUGAAGGGCUGUUCUUUAAGAACCUGGGGGCAAGAAAGUCUCUGGAUAGGGCAGAAGCAAGGGAAGAGAUGGAGGAGAUAAAGGAGGUUAUUAAAGAAACUGCAGGGUCAAAAAACAGAAGAAACAUUUACCUUGCUUUAAUGGCACUGCUAGUGGUUGAAAUUGCUGAUUCUUUCAUCUCCUCGCCUGAUCGAAGAAAAAUUGCAGUUCUUGGAGCAAUUUUGGUUGCUUUAUUUACUCAGUUCGUCAACGAACAGGAAAUGAUAUCAGAGGCUGAAAAAUUAGAAAAGGGAUUAGAAAAGGAAAGAAGUGAUCAGAAGAAGUAAAAUGUGUUUGCAAGAUCUGAGAAAAAAGGACUAUUGUAAAGUUUUGAUGCAUUGUUAUUUUCAGUGAAUAUCAGAAUAUUGCAUGAUACAUAACCCCAAGUUGGAACUUAAGACUUGGGUUUGAUACAUCAAGCUAUUUUCUUUUGCAUCAUCAACAUAUGAUCGUGGUGGUAUGACUUCAAUCACCAAAACCAAAUGUGAGUUACCAAAUUUGAUGCUUUGUUAUCCUUUCUCAAUCAUUCUACUGGAAAACAACAAAUAGAUGAAUCUAGAUUUCAACAUAUUUUACACAUACUGUCCAGUGUCUAUUUCCUGAAAGCUUUUCAGGAUAGAUGAAGCAUCUCUGCAAGAUAGAAUCAUAUGAGAUGUAGAUAGCUAGGAUAAAUGCAGGAUUACUGGGCCAGCUAAAAAAUGUAGUCGUUGAUUGAGAAAAAGUCAGAAGAAAUUGUCUGCAAUAUACUCUGCAAAAAUCAGCACCGUGUAAGAAAGCAUUUAUGCAAUUGAAAGAAAUAUGAGUCUAAGUU